GAUAUCUCAAAGAAUAAAAUAUGUGGAUUUAUUCUUUAGAGCCAAACUUGGGAUGCCACAGUUUUUGAGUCCUGAAGCCCAGAGUCUUUUGCGAAUGCUUUUCAAGAGAAACCCUGCAAACAGAUUAGGUGCAGGACCAGAUGGAGUUGAAGAAAUUAAAAGACAUUUAUUUUUUUCAACAAUAGACUGGAAUAAACUGUACAGAAGAGAAAUUCACCCACCUUUUAAACCUGCAACUGGCAGGCCCGAAGAUACAUUUUAUUUUGAUCCUGAGUUUACUGCAAAAACUCCCAAAG